UUUGUUUAUAUACCGGAUGCUGUCGGUGAACAACCUCGUGCGGCCACCUAAGCGAGCUUCAGUUGACGGAAGCGGGCCACAACUGCUUCUCACUCUGCAAGGUCUUUUUGACAAGGAAAAGCCCUCUACGACUCAGGUGGACACACUAGCUGUUCUGCUGGACGAUGUCCUGCUGGAGCCAACAACAGACUGCGUGGAGGACAUUGGCCCCCUUUCGACCAAAGACUCCAUUUUGGAUUACCUCGGCGGAUAUGUGGCCAAGAAGUUUUCUACUUUGGAUUGCUUAGGCUGCAUCGAAACGAUGUUGAGCACAACACGUCAGCAUCUGCCUUGAUCAAAACAAAAUCGAGGGGCUAUUUGAAAGUACCUAGCAGCCGUCUUCUUGCUCU